UCCAAGAGUUUGACAGCCACAGUCUCCGGUGGUGACGGUUACGCACAGGCGGGCAGCCACCCCUGUGCGCCCGGAGGAGAGGCGGCCACCAUGCUCUUCGCCCCGGAGAGCUCCUGCAACAUCACGGGCAGAAACUGCACCGAGGAGUUCAACUUAACGCAGCAGCUGGAGACCGGCGCCACCGCGGCUGCUGGGAACAUCAGCGGGAAGGGAAACGCCACCGACCAGUUUGGACGGAACGAGGAGGUGGCCAAGAUCGAGAUCACCGUCCUGAGCCUCGCGUUUCUCGCGGCCGUGGUGGGGAACGUGAGCGUGCUGCUGGCCAUGCAUAAAACCCGGCGGAAGCCGUCGCGCAUGCACCUGUUCAUGAAGCACCUGAGUCUGGCGGACCUGGUGGUGGCCUUCUUCCAGGUGCUGCCGCAGCUCUGCUGGGAGAUCACCUUCCGCUUCUACGGGCCGGACUUUCUGUGCCGCAUCGUGAAGCACCUGCAGGUGCUGGGCAUGUUCGCCUCCACCUACAUGAUGGUGAUGAUGACGCUGGACCGAUACAUUGCUAUCUGCCACCCGCUGCAGACGCUCCAGCAGCCCACGCAGCGCGCAUACAUCAUGAUCGGCUCCACCUGGGCGUGCAGCCUGGUCCUCAGCACCCCGCAGUACUUCGUCUUCUCCCUGAGCGAGGUGCACCCCGGCUCGGCCGUUUACGACUGCUGGGGACACUUCAUGGAGCCGUGGGGGCUGCGCGCGUACAUCACCUGGUUCACGGCCGGGAUCUUCCUCGUGCCGGUGAUCGUGCUCGUGCUCUGCUACGGAUUCAUCUGCCGCACAAUCUGGAGGAACCUCAAAUGCAAGACCCGGAGGAAGAGCGUGGGUGCGGUGGCAGAGGCCACCAAGAACGGGAUCCUGGGCAGGAACUCGGUCAGCAGCGUCAGCACCAUCUCCCGCGCCAAAUUACGCACGGUGAAGAUGACCUUCGUGAUUGUGGUGGCGUACGUGGUGUGCUGGGCGCCUUUCUUCACCGUGCAGAUGUGGUCAGUGUGGGACGAGACCUUCUCCUGGGACGACUCUGAGAACACGACCGUGACGCUCUCCGCUCUGCUGGCCAGCCUCAACAGCUGCUGCAACCCCUGGAUCUACAUGAUCUUCAGCGGCCACCUCCUCUCUGACUUUGCGGGCAGCCUGCCGUGCUGCCGCCGGCUGAGGAACAAGUUCAGCCACCAGGAUUCGGACAGCAGCAUCCGCCGGACCACGCUGCUGUCCCGCCUGCAGGGUCCACGCCUUUCUGAGCCGUUCAGAGACCUCAACCCCAUCCCUAAAAACUUUCCACAGGUCCCAUCUGCAUCCUGACCCCCGGAAAACACCGCUUGAAAACGUGAACUGGUUUAAUCUGCUGGUUUGCAGCAGCGAUGGAAGGUGGGGUCUCAUCAGAGGGUUCGCUCAACACCUACAGUUUCUCCUCUUUGGUCCGACGCAGAGUGGAAAAGUUUAAGUUUGUUUAAGUUCGUACUGUUGUUAGAAAACGAGUUUUAAUGACUCUCUCUUGGCGCUUUAACUUCAGCUGUUAGCGUGAUGGUCAUGUCUGUGCUCUUUGGUGUAUUUUACCCGUCAAACGUAUGAAAUAUGGCUGAACGUGAGCAUCUGUCCACACUGACAUUCAUUUUGUGACGCAUGAGGAAACUACUGGCUUUCAUCUGCUAACAUACACGUCUUUAUGGGGUUGUGUCCUGUAGAUUUUGAGAUCACAGUUUGACUCCUAAUGAACAGAGGAAGCAGCUGCUCUCCAAACCAAAAAAAAACAACACGUUACAGUGAAAAUAAACUCUCACAUAUUCGCUU